CCCCGAUCCGUGGACGAACGGCUGCCACCAUGUCGGAGACCGCGCCCGUUGCCGCUCCCGCUGUCUCUGCUCCCGCCGCCAAGGCCGCCGCCAAGAAGCCGAAGAAGGCGGCGGGCGCCGCCAAAGCCCGCAAACCCGCCGGCCCCAGCGUCACCGAGCUGAUCACCAAGGCCGUCUCCGCCUCCAAGGAGCGCAAGGGGCUCUCCCUCGCCGCCCUCAAGAAGGCGCUGGCCGCCGGCGGCUACGAUGUGGAGAAGAACAACAGCCGCAUCAAGCUGGGGCUCAAGAGCCUGGUCAGCAAGGGCACCCUGGUGCAGACCAAGGGCACCGGCGCCUCCGGCUCUUUCCGCCUCAGCAAGAAGCCCGGAGAAGUGAAGGAGAAGGCUCCUAAGAAGCGGGCGACCGCGGCCAAGCCCAAGAAGCCGGCGGCCAAGAAGCCCGCCAGCGCCGCCAAGAAGCCCAAGAAGGCGGUGACAGCGAAGAAGAGCCCCAAGAAAGCCAAGAAGCCGGCGGCCGCCGCGGCCAAGAAAGCGGCCAAGAGCCCCAAGAAGGCGACCAAGGCUGCCAAGCCCAAGAAGGCGGCAGCGGCCAAGAGCCCGGCGAAAGCGAAGGCGGUGAAGCCCAAAGCAGCCAAGCCCAAGGCGGCCAAGCCCAAAGCGGCCAAGGCGAAGAAGGCGGCGCCCAAGAAGAAGUAGACCCCCGGGGGAGAAAACUCUUGCUCUGCGCUUAAACCCAACGGCUCUUUUAAGAGCCACCCACCUUUUCUCAAAAAGAGAUGAAAUAAAUUGGGGUGUUUUUUUUUUUUAAAUAUAUGUAUUGUGGAUAAAUGGUAGAAAUUGUUCUAGAGCUUUCAA